UUCUUUUCGCCAUGCAUCUCAAACCUCACCGCCACAUGCCUCCGAGCCUCUCCAAGCGUGACGAUCCUCCGGCUGCAGAACUCGAGCCUCUCGACAAACGCGCCCAGGUCAAGGAAGUCGACGAUGAUGUUGCGACAGUCUUCUCGGUCGUCUACGUAACGGCCUCUGCCACCUUCUCUGGACCGACAGCUGGCUUUGUUACUCUCGGAGCCAACCCCACCACCAGUGCAAAGGCAGCCAAGUCCACGGCCGCAAAGAACACCAACACCGACGAUGACGAUGACCACACAACCGCAGCCCAGGCCAAGCAUACAUCACAAACAGCCAGAGCCAGCACUUCUUCCACAUCCUCUGUCAAGGUGACGAGUACCUUGUCACCUACUGCAAAGUCGACCGCAACCGCCCUGUCUUCCUCGUCCUCAUCAUCGCUGGUCUCAUCCUCAUUGGCCGUCCUCACCUCAUCUGCUGCUGCAUCCUCCACAAUCGCUUCUUCAUCCAUCUCGUCUGCCGCAAAGGCUCAAGCCACAGCUUCAAGUUCAGCCACAGCCACAGCCUCAGCGGUGGCAGAUGCAGCUUCUGGUAGCCUAAGCGGAGGUGCAAAGGCCGGUAUUGCUCUUGUGGUCAUCUGUGCCAUCGGUGCUCUGGCUGGUCUUGCCUACUUCCUCAUUCGCAAGAAGAAGGCUCAACAGAAGCAGGCCAUUGGUAUGGAGAGACUCGAUGACGAGAAGAAGGGCUUCAUGCGCCAGAGUCCGGACCCUGCGACCAUUCCUCAGCCCCCUUCCUCGACACGAAGCACCGGCCCGGCACCUCGUCUCAGUUACCGCCCAACAUCUCAGUGGUCGCCCAACGUCAUUGGAGACGCCGAGAAGGCCGCCGCUGGAGCAGCUGCCGGUGUCGUGGGCAGAAACAGUGACCCAUCUAACCCCUUCGGUAUCCACGCUCAAACUGUCGAGUCCCACUCGCGGGAUGUCAUCUCGCCCAUCCCCGAAGAGCGCUCUCUUAGCCCACCUGUCGAACUUCAAGGAAGUCCUGUCCCUAGCCCCACUGCAUCCAACUUCAACCUCAACUCUGGAACCGCAACCCCUAGCAAGGCUGAGGUUGGUAUGGCUUCUGCUGUCCCCGUGGCCACUCUAGCAGGUGCCGCCGAUCCUCCUGGUAGCACUGUUCACCGUGUCCAGCUUGAGUUCAAGCCCUCAAUGGAUGAUGAGCUCGAGUUGAAGGUCGGUCAAGUUGUGCGAGUUCUGCAUGAGUACGACGAUGGCUGGGUGANNGCUCUCUGCAUUCGUAUGGACCGCUCUCAACAAGGUGUUGCUCCUAGAACCUGUCUGUCAAAACUGCCUCUGAAGCCAAGGCCUGGUCCUCCUCCUGGUGCUAAGAAUGGCCCUCCUCGUUCUGGCCCAGGUUCAAUGGGCCCUCCUCCUAGACCCAUUCCUGGUGCCAAAAUCCGUCAAGGCUCAAAUUCAUCUCAAGGCUCUGCUGCAUCCCAAGCAGGGCGUCCUUCGAUUGGUCCCUCCAAGCAGUCAUCGCCCACUCUGGCUGAGCAAGCUCAAUCACGUCAACGAAGCGUGUCCGCUGCUCCAUCUCCGACCAAGGCUGCCGCAAAUUCUCGCCAGCGUUCAAUCAUACCUUCCGAUAUCCACAGCCGUAGUGCGUCGAUGGGCACUGUCUUGACCGAUGGCAAGUCUGCACAUGAUUCUGUCCCAACCACACCUCUGGGCGUGCCUGCACGAAAGCCAGUCCCAGGCCAGGCCAUG